AUGUCGCGAUGGCUUUGCUGCCUUCUUAUUCUUCUUGUACAGACGACUUCCGGAAAAAGGCAGCAAACCUCCCAAGCUUAUAGUAUGGGAGGUUACGGAGGUUACGGAGGUUACGGAGGAGGUUACGGAGGAGGUUACGGAGGAGGUUGCGGAGGAGGUUACGGAGGAGGUUGCGGCAGCUACGGUGGAGGUUACCGUGGCGGUUAUGGUGGCUGCAGCACUUGCGGGCAGAGAUCGGUGCCAGUUCCCGUUAUAGAGCCAAUUCCCGUUAUAGAGCCAAUUCCUGUUAUCGAGCCAAUUCCAGAAAUUAUUCCAAUGGGAGUGGGACGGAUGGGACUCGGCAGACCAUUCAUUAUGUUAAACAAACAGGAAGAAAAAGGUAAUUUCAUAGCUCUACACAAAUUACUAACUUGA